UCAACGGGGCUGGAAACCUCUCCACUUCUCUCCUCCUCUCUCACAAUCUUCCAUCAACUCAAAACCCUCCUCCGAUACGCUCUUCUGGAGAUCUCUCUGGCUCAAAAGUGUGAUUGCCCUUCGUAAACACCAGAACCCAGUUUUUCUUCUUUGUUCGUAUUCAAAGAGUGUUUCUCUAACCUCUCUUCUUCUUCUUCUACUACUACCAUGAUUCAAUCAUUACUUUGUCCUCAAAGCCCACUUACAACCACUACAACAUCGGACCCAAGAAUUCAUUGCCCUCGAAGGCUAUCUAAUUUAGAAUAUAUACCAACAAAAAUCAUAUGUUCCUCUCAAACACGAAACCCCAACAGUGUGAACAACUUUACAAAACCCAGAAACAAUAUUCUAGGGCCCGUGAUGGUGACGCCAAUACAGGUUGCAAGAAAAGGAAGGGAUAUUGGGGAGGAAAGGGAUUUUUCUCAAUUGGGUGCAAGACAGAUGCUGAUUUUGUGUGGGUUUGGGUAUUGGGUACAGGGUUUUAGAUGCUUUCCAUGGUUAGCACUCAACUUCCACAUGGCACAUGGUCUCAACGUAUACCCUUCGACAUUGCAGCUUGUACAGUUCUCUGGUAACCUUCCCAUGGUGGCCAAGCCUCUCUAUGGGAUCCUAUCUGAUGCCCUUUACAUUUUUGGUGCUCAUAGAAUACCUUAUAUUUCCAUUGGAGUUCUUUUGCAGGUCUUGGCUUGGGGUCCAAUGGCAUUAGCCCCUAUUGUAGGUCAAGCCCUUCCGACCCUUAUGGCAUGUGUGCUUCUAAGCAAUCUUGGAGCAUCCAUUGCAGAAGUUGCAAAGGACGCUCUUGUGGCAGAGUAUGGCCAAAAAUACAAAAUGGGAGGCCUCCAGUCUUUUGCAUUUAUGGCGUCAGCUGUGGGUGGUGUCUUAGGCAACUUACUAGGUGGAUACUUUUUGCUCAAAGCACCGCCAAGAACCAUGUUUCUGGCAUUUUCAGUACUCUUAUCUCUUCAACUCAUGUUUUCAUUGACAACAAGAGAGGAUUCUCUUGGAUUAUCACAGCAAUCUAACCAAGCAAGGAAAUCAAUAUGGGAAAGUAUCAGAAAACAGCUAUCUGAUCUUAGAAUGGCAAUAAAAGAGGAGAGCAUCUCUCGCCCUCUCACUUGGGUUGUAGCUUCUAUUGCCACGGUUCCAAUUCUCUCAGGUUCUAUCUUCUGCUAUCAAACUCAGUGUUUACAUCUUGAUCCUUCUGUUAUAGGGAUGUCACGAGUGAUUGGCCAGUUGAUGCUUCUUUCCUUGACUGUACUUUAUGAUCGGUUCUGGAAAGAUGUUCCGGUGAGGAAAUUGGUUGGUGUAGUGCAGAUGAUAUAUGCUUCUUCCCUUCUUCUUGACCUUGUUCUUGUGAGACAGAUCAAUCUUUUGCUUGGAAUUCCAAAUGAGGUGUUUGCCCUUUGCUUUUCUGGUUUGGCAGAGACUCUUGCACAAUUUAAACUUCUUCCCUUUUUGGUGCUAGUGGCGAAUUUAUGUCCUCGAGGCUGUGAAGGAUCUCUCACUUCUUUUUUAGCGUCAGCAUUGUGUUUGUCAUCAAUUCUUGGUGGUUUUUUGGGUGUGGGAUUAGCUUCUUUGAUUCGAAUAACAUCUGGUGACUACUCAAGCUUGCCAGUAGGUAUUUUGAUACAGUUCCUUGCAGCAUUAGUGCCUCUAGGAUGGCUCCAUUAUGUACCCAUGUCCCAAACAAUUGUUGAGAAGGAUAGAAAGAAACGUUUGAGUAGAAGAACCAGGAAAAACAGAAGGAUUGGAAGAACAUCACUUGAUUCGUUAUCUGCUUAUCGACGUGAAAGGGAAUCUGAGACACAGAGUUGACACAAUCUCUUGGUCCUUGUAGGGAACUUCUUUUGAGAACAAGUAUAAAAGAAAAAAAGUUUUGAAGUCCCAAAUUUUUGGUCUUUAUACUCCUGAAAUCGUCAAUGAGGUUUCUCAUUAUUAGUUCUGUCAACCCCCACGACUGGAACUGCUGGUGGACUUUCAAUACCCGCAAUGGAGGAUCAGUAUAAUGGGAAUCCUCAUUCCCAGAAUGUUACUUCCAUCAAUCGUGAGCUUCAACACUGCUGAAGGUUCUCAUUUGUCUCUCUUCCCUGGGACUUCACAGCAGUGGAUAUUGUUUUUGGGUUCUACUGAACUUUUCAGCAGGCUUGGUAGUGCAUUCCUCAGGUUGUCGUUGUGCAAUUCAGUUCCAUUUCUGGGACAAAAGAAGAUCUUCAUCCAGAAAAUGCAUUGAAAUAAUUUACCAUAUUAAACGGUGCGAGGUCUUCCCACUUAAUCACAUCCUUGUUCCAGGCCAUCGCAGGAGUUCAAUUUUGUAGCAUACCUCAUGCAUGAACUAAGAAUAUACACAAAUGACGAGGGCUAGCCCUCUCAUUUAAGCUAAAUAUUUGGUUCUUGAUGCUUUUUCCCCUGUAA